AAACUCAUGUUUUAUUUGUGGUUUUCUUCUCAUGACGCAGGCACAAAAUGGACACCGAUGCCUACAGGGAUGUCGGAGGGGUAUGGAUGCACAAGUUCUUUCACGAGAAAAACAUUCUAGCUUCAAUGAAAUUUUCGCCAAGUCCUGAUGAUGUGAUCAUUGCGACGUUUCCUAAGUGCGGCACCAAGUGGAUGCAGUACAUCGUAUGCAGCAUACUGACAGGCGGUGAGCCGCCCUCCACGCCCGCAGAAUUUAUGUUAGCGUCACCCUACCUCGAAAUGAUGGGCGUUGACGCCGCUCUCAGAACUCCCCGUCCGUUGUCCCUGAUGACCCAUCUUCCUUUCGACAAGCUGACCUUUUCCGGGGAAGCCAAGUAUAUAUAUGUCGCAAGGAACCCGUAUGAUUGCUGCGUGUCAUUCUACUACUUCGCGAAGGGCCUGACGCCAAAGACUUGCGAAGACGUCUCUUUCGAGAAGUUCCUGCAGAUGUUUCUGGAAGGAAGGACCUUCUACGGAGACUACUUUGAUCAUCUAAUUUCUUGGUACAAUCGCAGAUGGCUGAACAACUUACUCUUUCUCACCUACGAAGACCUCAAGAGAGACACAAGAUCUUCAGUCAUCCGUAUAGCGGACUUCCUGGGGCCACAGCAUGGACAGCUCCUGAAACGUGACAACGGUCUCCUGGAAAAAGUACUUAAGCCUUGCAGCCUGGGGAAUAUGAAAGAAGUGUUCGGAGGGAAGCCGCGGUCAGGCAUCAAAGACAUCCUGGAAUUGCCGCCGGAAGCUCGGAUAAAGUCCAUGGAAGUGUAUCGUGAAACGUUGAGCAGGCGUGAAGAGACUCAUCAAGGUGCAGGUCUCAUAAGGAAGGGCAUCGUCGGCGACUGGAAAAAUCACUUUUCACAAGAGCAGGUGAAUAGUAUGAAGGUCAGGAUAGCAGAAAAGACGGCAGGGAGCGACGUAAUGAACUUGUGGAAAGAAUUGGACCUUCCGUGACAUUUUCUAUUCUGUCUAAUAAAGGUUUUGUUCAAUUCCUCUCUGACAGUUAAGCGGAUUAACCCAGAUAAAAAAAUCGCCUAAGCACUUGUUAUCA